CGUUAAAUCGGUUGAACUUUACCUUAAUGGAGUAGGUAACGUUAUUUAGUGUACAAAUAAUAGUACUUACAUUAUUUUUCAAACCUAAUAUUAGAAUACUAAUCAUCUUUUUACUAAACCAUCCAAGCCCCCCUGUUUUUAAUGUGUUCCUGUGUCUUUGUUUUAUUCUUCAUGUUAAUUGUCUGUUUUUUAUUGUUUUUGUUUUGUUUUUUAACUGUACAGUACCUUGGUCAGCAUUUUGUUGUUUUAAAUAUAUUUUUUAAAUAAACCUUGAUUGGAUUGGAUUGGAUUGGAUUGGAUACUAGGGUGCAUAUUGAUACAAGCAUUUUUUAAAUCAAUGUUGUAAUUAAUUGAGUUCGAUCCUGAUUUCAAUAUUUGGUGUGACAUCAUAAUCAAUCCUAAAGAGCCCUUGUUUUGGAUGACUUUCUUUUCUCUUUCCAACCAUUAUUAGAUUGUCUUGUCUAAAAAGAAAUGCAUGAAUAGUGAGACCUACCUUCACAAGAGGGCCAAUAUGACACAUCUGCAGUUUGGUCCCGUCUGAUAAGCCAGAAUCAUUAACUGUUUUGGUAUGAAAGAAUAGUGUUACAUAAAAAACAAAUUAACAAUAAAAGAAUAUUCCUAUUAAUAUUCUGCUAGUUUGUUUAUAUUUUAUUUAUAUUUUUCAUGAAAAUCUUGUGGAUAUAGGACAAACCGGGUCCAUUCUUUUACCUAAAGUAACAAGCCUUAUUUUGAUUUAUUGGACUCAAAAAGUGUGGCCAGUUAGCUUUAUACUCACUGGCUUAUGUCAUGAGUAUUUGCAUUGAUUCUUACAGCACUUUCAGAUGAUGAAUCACAGAGACAACAAUAGAGUUCAAUAGGACAUUCAAGCCAAAAACUGAAAAGUUUGUGAAGAAACUUUUUCAUUCCCAAAUGAAAUUACAUGCUGACUUUGAAGGGAGGAUCAAUCUGAGUCUGCAUUGUGAUCAGAAAGAUGAAAGGAGAUGAAGUCUUGGAGAAUCGCUCCGAUAAAGGCCUGAUGUCAGUGUUGUGUGCUCAGAGGUGUUUCCAGCUAAACAGCUCUGUGUGAGAACAUUUUUUCUGGAUUCUCACAAUUGCUUUUUAAAACUGUCUGACCUAAAGUUUGAAAAAGUUUUGAGUCAUAAGAGUGUUUGCAAAUGUGAUGUUCAUGUGAUUUGUUUCCAUAUUUUGUGAUUGAAAAUAGACCAAACUGUUAAUAACAUUCUCUGUAAUGUUUUUCUCGAUGUGAUUAACAAUUAUAUUAAAACACCAGUUUGUAAUUCCAGACCUUGUGUUGUGAGAACAAGCAAAAAUUCUGACCUUCUGAAAUGAACUCAAGUUUUUGAAUUAUUAUAUGCCAUCCACUAGAUGGGGCUCUAUCCAUGGUGUUUUUCUCACUGAUAGUGAUGUUACAAAUAACAGGGUUAGACGGCAGGAAGAGGCUAAAGGCCCUUUAAUAAUAUACUGUGAGUUUGUGUCCUUUAAUAUCAGACUUUAUGGAUCAUUUAUUACUCUCAAAGGGUUCUCUGAAAUACUUUGAUUUGACUGGCUUCUGGAUUUGUGGAUUUUUGCUGCCUCGUCACACAGUCUACCACAUAAUAAUUUCUAGAUCUAAAAUAGCUAAAUUCUCUCUUUUUUCUCGUUGUUGGUUUGGGAUGAAUCGUGCUUGUGAAGGAUCAAGGUGCCGAAUGUAAAGCUAAAGAUUACUCAUCAAUGUCAAAUCUGAGUAAAAAUUUUACUUAAUAUUUGAGGAGUUGAGACAGACUGACCACACUGGAGACAACCCCUUUGACGUCAAACGGAGGUAUUUUUCAAAUAACAAGUUUCCCUGUUCCACAAAAAAAGUUAAAUUUGUAGUUUGGCUGAAAAACAUGUAACCAGGACAACGUGAGUCCUACAGCUACAAAGACACAAGUACGAUUUAUGUAUUCCAGUAGCAGGUAAACAAAGUCUUGUUGCAUCUCCGACCACCUGGGUGGCGUUGCAGUAGGAGGGAACAUACAGAAACAAUACUGAAUCCAAUGAGGGUGCAGCAAGAGGAUGCCCACACCUCCCCUCUAAAAAGAACCCUGCCUCCCAGCGAACCACUGGGCCUGGCGCACCGGAUUGAAAGUCUGUGUGCAUGUGGAGCCGUUUAAAGAGAUGCGCCGAGAACACGGCACAGACUUUCUCCACUGAAGAGUCAGCGAGAUGAAGAGCAGCGCCAACCCGGCACCAUGCGCUCCAGGCUCCCACGGACCGCCUGCCUACUGCGACUCAUUGCACUCUGCAUCAUUUUCUCGAAAACUGCGGCUUAUUUUGGGUCAGCUGAUUUCUUUUUUAACAACUGCUAAUCUUGUUUACUGUUUGUUUGCAUUUCUUGUCUUAAGACAUAUCGUGACUUUUGAAAACUGCAGCCAAAUUACGCACGCGUAAUUGCGCACAAACGAAUGCAUUUAAUGUUGUUUAUACGAGCUCUACGUUAAGGUGCAUCUCAACCAAAUCAGUUCAAAAUAUUUAAGUGUUAUCUACUUUUUAUUGCUGAAUCAUCCUCUCUUGCCUACUACUAUUUUUCCUUUCGUUCACAACUUAGGAAUAGUUCCAUUUUCUUUAAGUUUACUGAUAGUUCAUUGAUAAAUCUGUUCCGUUCAAGUAGCAAGAUUCAGUUUAGAGCUAAACAUAUAUACAUCGUACAGUAGAACUAUUUUCACUUUUUCUGUGAUUGCAAAAACGCACUGCUAGUUUCAAGCCUCAGAAAAUGCAUUGCACUAUUUUUUAUAAAACGAGUUCACUUAAGUUUCUGAAACCUUUUUUCUCUCUUUUCCAAGGCUGACAGGCCGAGAGCCCCUUGUGUUUUUACCGGGUCCGUUCACCAAUGAACCCCCGACAGGUAAGGCGCACCUGAAGCAGUGCGAGCAGAUGACUCUGACCCGGCGGCAGAAGCGGCUGUGUCGCAGGGAGCCCGGUUUGGCUGAGACGCUGCGGGAGUCUGUGCGCCUCAGUUUGCUGGAGUGCCGCUAUCAGUUCAGGAAUGAGCGCUGGAACUGCAGUCUGGACGGCCGGGGAAGUCUCCUAAAAAGAGGUAAGUAAUAGAUCCAUACUGUAACUUUAUCGCGCUGAAUAAUUCGGCAACUGCAGGGAUCGAACCCUUAACAGUCCAGCGCAGUCUGUAACCUUUGAGUGCCUUUAUCCUUGUUAACCUGAAGUAAGACAGGUGCGUGGUUUAUGUCUUCAAAGUGGCUUAAUCUGCUCAGAAAACAGGUUAUCUUUUGCUAAAUUAGGCACAAAAAUACCCAGAUUAAUAAUCCCAUGUAAGGCUGUUGGAGAUGUUCAACCUCAACUAAAUUGCAAUUUUCGAUAGGCUGACUCUAAGUCAUUCAAUUUUGAUAUAGUGUUGAUUUUUUAUUCAACUUCUGAUAAAUACCCAUUUAAACAAAAUUCAACAAUGUCCUUUGAAAUAAACUUUCAUUUAAUUUGAGUUUGGAUUUUAAAUAUCAUUGCUAGUGUUUGUUGUUGCUGCUCAGUGAAGCUCAAAGUAAGACCCAAAUGUAUUCAAAAGUUUGUCACUGCUUCAAAGGUUUCUUAUAUUUGUUUAAUCUGCAUCCAUGGAGUGCGCUGUAUGAUCCCUACAGAAGGCUUUUUUAAUGAUAACUCCACAAGCUUUGUAAUACCACAGCAUUUAUCACACCAGGAGCCUCUAAAUCUGUUCUCUUUCAUUUUGUUUGCUUCAUAUGUUCUGCACAGUCCCUGGAGGAGGCAAAAAAAACUUCGACAAAAGCUGUCUACUUUGCAACUUUUUCCAUGACCUGAUACAACUAUUGAUUAACUAAACUUAAAAAAACAAAUCCAUACUAAAUCACUGUAUUCCAUGCAGACCCAUGCAAGUCUGCAGUGCACAGAAAAUGCUCUGUUGCAUAUGGAUAUCAGUGUGUGGGAGAACAUGAACAGGUCAGCACGGAGGUAAUGAGGGAGUAGAAAGCCAAGAAAUGUGUUGCGGUGGAGAGUGCUCCGGCCCUGUGGUUAUUUUUAUCUAAGGAAAGCGCCCAUUCCCAGAGGAAAAGGGUGGCAUGAUUACCCACUUUCAUCUGGGAAAAUCCUUCCUAGUCAAAAUAAUAAUUAAUUGGAUCAAAAUAUAGCCUGGUGGUGGCUCUUGGUGAGGCUAAUAACAGUGCGUGACCAAAAGAAAAGGUCAGAAGACGAACUAUGACACAAGAAAACUUGUAGAAUAAUGCUGAAGUUGUAGAAAAACCAUGACAGCGUAGUAAGGCCUCGGUAAACCUUUGAAUAAAUGGCUCACUAAGUGUGCAGGCUACAUCUUUCUGUUUGUGAACUAUGAAUUAAUCCCUAAAACAUGUUUUUAAUGGCAUUAAUUACAUUUACAUGGUAUAUAUUUUGAUCCGUACAUAACAUUUAUUUAUGUAUCUCCUCUGUUGUCUUUUGUGUAUCCUAGCAUUCAAGGAGACUGCCUUCCUGCUGGCAGUGUCCUCUGCAGCACUGACCCAUGCGCUCGCCAAAGCGUGCAGCUCAGGCCGCAUGGAGAGGUGCACAUGCGACGAAUCCCCCGGCAUCCAGCACCGGGAAGCCUGGCAGUGGGGGGUCUGUGGUGACAACCUGAAAUACAGCACCAAGUUCCUGAAGAAGUUCCUCGGCCAGAAGAGGGUCAGCAAGGACCUGAGGGCUCAGGUGGACGCCCACAACAUCAAUGUGGGAAUCCGGGUGAGUGUGAGCGAAAAUAAAGAAGCCGAACGUGCAGCAGCGAAACAGCUCCCCUGUUCAUUUAUGAGGUUGCCUCCCAAGCCUGAGGCACAGAAAACAUCUCUCUUACCUGCGCCACACUCUGCUCAAUUAGCUUGGCUGCAAUUUUUUUUACAACAAUUAUACCCCUGACACACUUCUGCACCAUCAAAUGUAACAAAAUUGGGAUCCUCGCCUGCAUAUUUUCACUGUGCCAGCCUGAUAAACACCCUCUUAUUUGCUUCUGCGCCGGUGUUGGCCUUGGUGGAGAACACAGACACAGGGGGUGAGGCAGGGAGACAAGACGGCUGUGGGAUGGUAGGAGCCAGGUGUUUUCAGGCAUGAUAAAGCUUGCUGUGCGGGCCUUACAGAAAAUUAAAGGUCUCAUGUCAGAGAGAACGAUUAUAAAUGUGGCCUCUUUUUAAUAUACGAGCAAGCAUUUUUUUCCACUUACUGGAUCACUGUGCUCUUCAUAAAUCCAGCUAAUGUUCAUAACAAGCGGUGUGGAGCUGUGAAAUAGCAGGCCCCAGGGUGCUCCUUCCGUAGAUCUCACCUUGAUAGAGGCAGAGACAUAACGCAACAAACACACAACAACAGGAUGAACUCUCUUAUCUCAUCUUAGCUGAGGUAAAUGUUUUCCUCUCUUUACACCUAUGAGGAGAAGAAACCAAAAGCCGCUUUAACAAAAACAAGAAGAGGUCGGCGCCCCCAAAUCUUUCAGCAAUGGCGCUCUGAGUCCCCUGAGGGGUUCAUACCUGGGAUGGGAGGUACUCGGUAGGACUUUUCAAGCCACAAGUCCCCUCUGGCCUCCUCUGUUUGACCUGUCUCUGGCCCCUGAACCACGACAGCAGCUCUCAGGCUGAGUGAUGAUGCUCUCGCCGCUGACCACCAACCUCAGUGAGCUAUUAACCCAGAGCGCCAUCACAAAGCGCUGCUCUGUUUUUUUUCUGUUGGCACUUCUUGCACAGAAAUUCUUAUCAAUGUUUUCCAUGAGCAGGCAUGUACAAAGAGCAGGGUGGAGAGAUUCCACUGUCUGCACCGUUUGUCACCUCUGCCUCGGGCUUCAUGUGGAGAGACAGGAGAGAGGCAGACUGAGCUAGUUCCAACACAUUGGGAGGGGAGGAGGGGGGGGACAAAUUCAAGAGCUGUCCAAGUGAGAAAUGUGAGGUAAAUGAAAUAUAGCAUUCAUAGCAGUCCCCCUCAAUCUAUUAUGUCAAAAUUUUGACUGAGGUGGGCUAAAGGUGCUCUAUAAGAGACCACCUUCCCAAACCUCCAGCCCAGCCUGCAGGAAACUGUCUCAUUCUGUCCUGAUAGAUCUCCUAGAUAAGAGGCCAGGCAAUGAAUCAAACUGAAGGAACUGACACCUCUCCCUCCUUCUCUUUCCUCUUCGAUCUCAGGCAGUAAAGAGCGCCCUGAAAACAACCUGCAAGUGUCAUGGAGUCUCCGGCUCCUGUGCCGUACGGACUUGCUGGAAGCAGCUGUCUCCUUUCCACGACACGGGCCGGCUACUGAAGUACCGAUACGACACAGCUGUGCGAGUGCUGAGCGUCACCAACACAGCCACUGGGGAGACAGAGCUGGCGGGCCCGCGCCGACACGGCCAGAGCCUCCGCACCACCGACCUGGUCUACCUGGACGACUCUCCGAGCUUCUGCAGACCCUCUCGCUACUCCCCUGGAACAGGCGGCCGGUCGUGUGCCAAGGACACCAGCUGUCAGAGCCUGUGCUGCGGACGGGGUUAUAACACGGCCAUGCGCCUCACCAGCCUGUCCUGCCACUGCCAGGUCCGCUGGUGCUGCCAUGUGGAAUGCCAGACAUGUGUGAGGGAAGAGGAGGUGUACACAUGUAAAACUGCAUAACACAUACAAGAGAAGGAGAAGAAAUGAACAAGACAGACAAUCUACUGAGGGAUUCCCAUCAGAGCAUGUCUUUCCAAAACUCUGUUCUAUAAUUUCAGGAGGAAUAAACACAUGUAACACUAGAAUAUCGCUGGUUAUUUGCUACUCAUCACCUGUUUGACAUGCUGCAGCUUAUCCUAGGUCAGAAUCCUUUGCUUUCUCUCACUGGAUGCACUGAAAUGACGCUCGUCCAGGACUGUUGACAUGAACUUUUUAAACAGGUACUGGACUCCACACCAGCAGUGAGACACCAAGCAGUGACUGUGUUGCAUAGAAACUGAUCUGCCCUUUCCACUUGACUAUUUAUUGUACUGGUCAUUGAGUCUGUUGUACUGCUGCUUUAAUAUCUUUGUAAUUAAGUUUUGCCACUGGGGCUAAAACAGCCUCAUAAGGAAACCACCUGUCUGUUUGUUUGUCUGUCUGUCUUUCUGACUGCUGUGUACAUUUGUUUCUGAUUUUUUUAAAAAGCACUUAAAUCACUCCUGCUACAUAUAACUCAAAGUGUUAAAUUAAACUAAAGAGUUCGUAUUAAAUGUGUUAAAAUAGAAUCACUGGAAGUUUUGAGGGUGAGGGGGAUGCCACUGAUACAUUGUAGCUACAUGCAUGAACAGCGAGACGAGUCUUGGUUUCAGUUGCUCUUAUGGAAAUGUCUAUGGAAAUGUCCACAUGUAGCCUGACGCGAGCUCAGCAGAACAAAAGGGAAACACGCCACGUAAUGGAGAGGGAGACACCAAACAACAAAGAAUGAACAAAAAAAAAAACACUUCUUCAUCUCUGAACAAGCAGCCCUCCUGGUUGUAUUUCAUCUAUUUAAAGAAGCACAUAUUUGGCUUUACUUUCAAGUGUAGAGCCGCCCCACUCAAACGUUUGAGCUAAUUCGGCUGCAUUUUUGCCUCUAAAUGUCUUUGAAGAGAGCUAGUUGUGCUGCUUAUUUCCCCAAACUUCCAAUCAGAGAAAACGACCAUGUUUACUCUCCGACUCUCACUUUAACACCAGCCGUAUGUUCCUCUGUGUGUGUGUAUGUGUGUGUGUGUGUGUGUGUGUGUGUGUGUGUGUGUGUGUGUGUGUGUGUGUGUGUGUGUGUGUGUGUGUGUGUGUGUAUGUGUGUGUGUGCGGGUUGAAAGCUUCAGGCUCUAUAUUUGAAAGAUUCUGACCUGUAUUUAUGAUAUGACUACAACUCAUGUCAGGGCUCCAGGGGUGUGACAGUGUGGAAUCAUCAUUUUUCUACCUCACUUCAUCUUUUGGCAAAUAUCAGAAAGAUUUAUGAGCUAUGCAGAGUAAAGUCCUCUUCUUUUAUUGUUUCAUAUUUUAGAUUUUUUGUACAGAUCUUUUGAAUUCGGUAAUAUAUGUACAUCCAUACAAGUGUCAAAGCAAGUGUUUUUUUUUUAAUCAUGUUGCAUUACAGUCUUAUUUAAAAUAAAUAAGAUUUAUAUAAGUGUGUAA